AUGUCCCCCUCCCCUUCUCCCGGGCCGGGCUCGCGCGUCCCCGCCCGCGGCUUCCCCGCCCCAGGGCGGGCUCCCGGCCGCGGCGGCGGCGGGGAGCGCGCGCGGGAAGCCGGCGGGCCCUGCCCGGAGAGCCGGCGCUGCCUCCUGACGGGCCGGGCCGGGCCGCGGCGCCUCGCGUUCCUCGGGCUCCGGCGUCGGUCCUGCGGCCCCGAGCUGCUUGCGGGGUCCGCGGCGGAACCGAAUUAUCCUGAAUACUACAUGUCUAACAAUUUUCCUUGCAACGUUAACUGUUGUUUUUCGCUGCCUCUGAAAGAUCAAAAUUGCUCCAGAAAUUGGAGACAUAUUUGA